CCCCUGUAGGGGGACACGCCCGACAUGAGUCCUGUCGGGCGAGCCCGCGUCCGCCCGAGAGGCCAGGUCCUGUUGCGCGGGCCCGUGCCCGGCCCGCACUCCGCGGGUCCCCCCCCCAAGGCACCGCAGGCGAGCGGGUCUGGCAGGGGUCGUGCCUGCUCGGCCCGAGCAGUCCCCGCACCUGGCCUGGAGUGGCAGAACCUCGACGACACUGGCGACGCCUCUGUCCACUGCGAAGCUCACCCUGACAGCAACCGAACGAUAUGAACCACUGCAAUGCGGCACGAACCUGUGAAACUGAACACACGCAUCGGCCGACGAUCUGUAACUGGCCGAGGCCACGGCGCAAAGCCGACGCGGGGCACCGCUGCUCCACGCAAAGCGCCGUGGCUCCCUCGCCCAGGCCGUCGGCUGCCGACGAUGGCGGCGUGAUCGCCACGUCGAGGAUUUGCACGCACGAAAAUUGGGACUGCAAAAACGGGGGUGGUGUCCAACUGCAGCCGUUGCCUCAAAGCGACGUCGCCCGCAGUCGGGUGGGCCCGACGACGUUCGCGGCGAGACCAGCAACGACUCCUGCUCAAGAUGGGCAGGAAAUGGCAUUGGCCCUCGCACCCGUUAUCCCCGUCCCCGUUUCGGCCCUCCGGAGAGGAAGCCAGCAGCGCGCACGCGAGGCAUAUCCAUCGCGGGGAGGACAGCGGGAGACGCAGCCCUCCGCUUCGGCUCCUGGCUCCGGUCGGCCGGCAGGCGAGACAGGGGAACUGCGGUGCCCUCGGCGGCGGCAACACCGCACCCAGAGGCGCGGGAAGAACAAGAGAGCGCCAGCCUUCUCUGCCGAGGCACUCGCGCGGUAAAACCACCACGCCCCCGGGGGGGGAAAGGGGCCGCGGCCUCGGCCUCCAGCGGCCCUCUCACAGAGGGCCACCGGAGGCUGUGAAAAAAACGGCGCUACAUGAAGAGCUACUCCACUGGAGGAGGAGGAGGAGGAGGAGGAGGAGGAGGAGGAGGAGGAGGGGGAGGAGGGGGAGCUGUGCUCCCCACAGCCGAAAAACAGCCACGAGCUACCCCAUGGGGGGGGGGAGCGGGGAGGAAGCAUCGAGACCUACAGGGCUCCACGCCGCGAAGAACACAAAAGGCCUCGGGGGCAUGGGUCGGUACAAGCCUUCGCUGGCGACAGGCCCGCCCCCAGAGGCGCCACAAGAAGCGGUGGCGGCUCGGUCGCAACGGUCCUCGUCGGCGGCAAAUCCGCCCUCGGAGGCACCCCAUUCGGCCAUCGCGUUCUCCCAUCAAUCCCGUAGGUGUUUUUACCCGAGAGAAGCUGCAAGUCAAUCGA